GCCUUCUUCAACCACGAACCGUCUAGUAGGCCAUUUAGAAUGCUUUGCUAAUUUUAAAUCAACACUGCUUGAGCAUACUUGUGAGGCAAACAGUGCCUGGAUAUUCUGUUUUUUCAUCUGAAGUUUCCUAAGACGGCAAUACUAAUUUUUGGAGUCAAAUGGUCACGAGCCCGGUACGUGAAUUUCGGCCGGUAUGUAAAAUCCAGUGGCAUGGCCAUUUGUAAAUAAACUUUCUGACAAUGGCUUUUCCAUAAAGUUGAACUCAAAAUUAGGGACUUUUUGGAUUUUUAAUUUUUUAUAACCUCAGCCGCUCAGACGUCUUCUUCGUUCUUCCUCAAGUCUCCAUUUUUUCAUUGACCUCACCCUAGCGCCACCGCCACCCCACUCCUUUCUUCAUUUUAAUUUGCUUCUCCUUCUGCGGCAGCACCCGACUGUCUUCAGUGAACCCAAAGGUCCGGACUCCAGAACAACGGUUGAGCAAUAUACCAAUACAAAAUGUAUGUAGGCAUGGCAAGUGUGAUCAUGCCCUCAACCUUCAGAUCCUUCUCUGUCAACAGCAGCAGCAGAGAUCGUGUAAAUUUAAGCACUGAUAUUGGGCGGUGUCAUGGGAUAAGGGCAAUGCGCAUAGAGAAACCCCUUGAGGAACUGUACAAUGUGAGGGUGGAACGGAAAGUGAAACCGGAGCGAUUGGCAGAGCUUGGGGUUUCGAGAUGGUCGGUGUGGAAGACUGGCAAAUGCAAGUUGCCCUGGGACUGGCAGGUCGACCAAUUGGUUUACAUUGAGGAAGGGGAAGUGAGAGUGGUGCCUGAAGGCAGCAAGAAGUUCAUGCAAUUUGUUGCUGGAGACCUUGUUCGCUACCCGAAGUGGUUUGAGGCUGACCUCUGGUUCAAUGCUCCAUACCAAGAGCGUUACUGUUUCAGAGCAUAUGGUGAUGACUGAGAAUCCGUUAUGUUAAGAUACAUGUAGUAAUUAGAGUCCUUUCUUUAGUAGUUUUGUUGUUGUUUAUUUCCAGUACUUGCUUGAACUUAUUUAUAUUAGAAUCAGAUCGUUGGUUUUAAACCAAUUUACCA